AUGAAUAGACACUUGCAACAAAAUGUUCACCUGCAAGAAUUAGAACAAUUAGUAUAUUAUGAAGUGGACUAUUACGACAACGAUUUUGAAAUGACUGAAUUAAUUGAAGCAGCAGAAGGCAUAAUAGAUAAUUUUGAAGCCUCUGAUGAUGAAGAGCAUUGGUCAAAUAUAGUUGAAGAUUGGAUUGAAACAUUGGAUCUUGAAAAUCAUUUAGAAAAUGGUUAA